AUGGUCUUCUCUUUGCGUAACGAUGGCGAUGGCGCACGGUGGCGGUGCAUCGAGCUCAGGAUUGAGGUUGGGAACGAUGUUCCUCUUCGCGUUCGUCUUCUCAAUGGAAAUGCCGAGAAUUUCGGCACUGAGCUUGCCCCCGAAAUUUGGCUCAAUUUCCCACCCCGACUCAAAUUCGCUGUUUUUACUUGGUAUGGUGCUACUAUUGAAAUGGAAGGUACUACUGAAACUGAUUAUACUGCUGAUGAGACUCCAAUGGUCAGUUAUGUUAACGUGCAUGCUAUAUUAGAAGCCAGAAGAACUCGUGCUAAAGCUUCACCCUCUGGAGAUUCUGAAUCUUCUCAGGACCUAUUGAUUCUGGAAAGAGUACCUUGUCGUGGAUGCUUCUUAGCUGGGCGGCUAAGCAGGGGAUCUAUAACUAUUCCUGGAUGCAUUGCUGCCACUCCAAUUGAAAUGCCCAUCGACCCUGUUGAAGGAAUCACUCUUGAUAUGCCUCUUGUUUACUUUUUUGGCCAUACAACUCCAAGUAACAAUUUGCUAUCGCAUGCAUUUCGUACACUUAAGGCCAAUGUUGUCUUAGUCUUGGGUCAGAAAUUGGUCUAUCCACUUGAAUCUGAGAAUCGAGUUCCUUUUCCUUUCCCAUUCCGUUCGUUGUUUCCAAUGGAGAUGGAUUCCCUUUCCAACGGCAACAACACCACCGCCACGGCCUCAACCCCCGCAACCGUCAGCCCCGACUCCUCCGCCGCCACCGCCAGAGCCACCCCUACUCCCCCUCCCUCCUCCACCGGUCCCCAACUGACGGAGGCCCUGAAGCUAGAGCACCAGUUCCUGAGGGUCCCUUUUGAGCACUACAAGAAGACCAUCCGCGCCAACCACCGCGCCGUCGAGAAGGAGGUGUCCGCCGUCAUAUCCGGCGUCACGGACGCUGCCUCCGCUGACUUCUCCCCCGAUGACGCCGUCAACCACCUCAACUCCCUCGUCUCCCGCCUCCAAGGGCUCAAGAGGAAGCUGGAGGAAGGAAGUCGAGCUGAGAAUUUGCAAGCACAGAAGUGUCGCGCACGUCUCGAUCACUUAGAAUCUGCUGAUGGGGAAAAUCUUUCAGAAUGGAACAACACUCGCUUGAAGCGGAUUCUCGUUGAUUACAUGUUGAGGAUGUCAUAUUAUGACACUGCGGUGAAACUUGCUGAAUGCAGCAACAUACAGGAUCUUGUUGAUAUUGAUGUAUUCCAAGAAGCAAAAAAGGUUAUUGAGGCAUUGCAAAAUAAAGAUGUUGCACCUGCCCUAGCAUGGUGUGCCGAUAAUAAAUCAAGGCUGAAGAAAUCAAAGAGCAAAUUAGAGUUCCAGUUGAGACUUCAAGAGUUCAUAGAAUUGGUGAGAGCUGAGAACAAUAUGCGAGCCAUCACAUAUGCCAGGAAAUAUCUUGCGCCAUGGGGUGCCACCCACAUGAAAGAAUUGCAGCGAGUCCUUGCAACACUGGCUUUUAAAAGAGAUACUGAAUGUGCCACAUAUAAGGUCUUAUUUGAAGCUAAGCAAUGGGAUUUUCUAGUGGACCAAUUCAAGCAGGAGUUCUGCAAGUUAUACGGCAUGACAAUGGAGCCUCUGCUCAAUAUCUAUCUGCAAGCUGGCCUUUCUGCUCUUAAGACUCCAUAUUGUUACAAGGAUGAUUGCACGAAAGAGGACCCUCUGUCACAGGAAGCUUUUCGAACAAUUGCCAUGCCGUUACCAUAUUCGAAGCAGCAUCAUUCAAAGCUUGUUUGCUAUAUAACUAAGGAGCUAAUGGACACUGAGAAUCCUCCUCAAGUGUUGCCCAAUGGAUAUGUUUAUAGCACUAAGGCUCUUGAAGAGAUGGCUAAGAAGAAUGAUGGUAGAAUCACUUGCCCAAGGACAGGAUCAGAAUACAACUAUACGGAACUCGUCAAGGCAUACAUUUCAUAAUUCUCUCUUAUUAAAAAUAAACCUUGUCAAUGAUUGCAAAUGUCAAUGCUGCCAUUGCCUUCAAGCCACUGUGGCUGUGUAAUUGGAAAUCUUUCGGAAAUUCAUCUCAUGGGAUUUAUUAGUCCAUAUGUUGCGUUGUGUUCCAUUCUUAAUCAUGUACAUAUGUAAGUAACAUGUUUUUUUA